GAUCGGAUUCUCUGGCCUUUCGUCGGAGGUUCUUUGUACGAACUUCUAAUUUCAAGAGCUAACCUUGAAUUAACUCUCUCUUUUUUUUUUUUGGGGUUCGUUUACAUUUUACAACCACAACGAGUUAGUGAAGAGCAACAUAGAGAGACUAGGAGGCAUUCUCUCAUCAGUUCACCGACGAACAGCUGUUUGUCUUCAGACACGACCUGACCUGUGUGUGCUCACGAACGCUAGCGAGAUUUGGAAGAUAGGGGCUUAGGAUUUGUGUAUCAUGUCAAGUUUGUUAUACUGCCGACGCUUUCUCAUCAGAUCUUCUGGUUCGAUUGACUCAUCUUCCAUUUCGUCGUUUCUGCUGAGUAGAAGAAGAAGAAGAACAUUGUGUUCAGUCUCCGAUACCAAAACAGAGGAUGCUAAAAGAAAGAGACCACCUUUGAAAUCCUUUACCGUACAAUAUCUCAUGAAUUCAUGUGGGUUGUCCUUGGAAUCCGCUAAAUCGAGGUCUAAAUUCGUAAAGUUCUCAUCUUCCAAGAGACCUGACUCUGUUCUCGCUCUGCUCAAGAACAACGGCUUCACCUUUGAACAAAUCACCAGAGUCGUCAAAUCAUUCCCUACUAUCCUCAUAGUGAACCCUGAUGCAGUUCUCUUGCCAAAGCUCUUGUUUUUCCGUUCCAUCGGGCUAACGAGCUCUGACACAGCCAAACUGAUCUCAAACUGUCCCACAACGCUUUCACUUAGCUUGCAAAACAGGCUGGUCCCUUGCUAUGAUUCUCUCAAGAGCAUACUUGUAGAUAAGGAGAGUAUCCUCAAAUGUUUGAGACGUGGGUACUGGAUUUUCACGUUGGACACUGUAAAGUACUUGUCUGCACGGCUUUCUCUUUGUAGAGAUGCUGGAGUCGAAGAUCAAAGCAUCAGAAGACUGGUCCAAAAUGGUCCACUCGUGUUCUUCUGCUCCGAGAGAAAGUUCAACGAGGUCUUAACCAGAGUACGCAGCUUCGGUUUCGACCCGAAGAAGAUGUAUUUCAUUCAUGCUAUGUUGGUUUUCUUUCAUGUUAGUGAAUCCACCGUGGAGCACAAGUUUGAGCUGUACCAACAGUUUGGUUGGUCCAGAGAAGAGUUUGUGGCUGCGUUCAUGAGAUUCCCAAACUGUGUGAAGAUAUCGGAUGAGAAGAUAAAGGGAACCAUGGAGUACCUUGUAAACGAUGCAGGUCUUGAACCUAGCUCCGUUGCUAUGCAACCUUUUGUUUUGGGUCUGAGUUUGGAGAAGAGAAUCAAACCAAGGAACAUGGUCAUCUCUCAGCUUCUGUCUAAAGGGUUUGUCAAGAAAGAAGAUUUGAACUACUUCCAGAUCCUUAAGGUUAAAGACUGUGUUUUCGUGGACAAGUUUGUUCUGAAGUUUCAGCAGGUUUCUUCUCUCCGGCCAUCCCCUUGA